UCGGCCCCAAAUGUCCUUGAUGGUUCUGUUAAUGCUUUUGCCAGCUUUCAGCUGCCUUUUUCAGUUGAUGAUCAGUUUCCAUACUUGUGCCUCGAAACCCAUUGAUCUCACAAAAGGGUUCAUCUCCCUCCCGCUUAAUCGAUCAAAUUUAGUCGUACAAAAACCCUACGACGUACCUGAAAAUCAUCGAUACAGUUUCACCAAUGGAGUUCACAAACUGUGGGUAUAUUCUACAGACAAGCCUCACUCUCCUGCCAGCAAAACGAAUCCCCGCACUGAGAUCCGCGUACAAGGAUAUGAUUAUUCUUCUGGUGUUUGGCAAUUCGAAGCAUAUGGGUACGUGCCAUGUGGUACAUCCGGCGUCUGCGUCAUGCAAGUGUUUGGAUCAAGCCCUCCACAUGCCACAACCCUAAUGCUUCGAGUAUAUAAUGAUUCGCUCUCUUACUAUAGGGCUCCGGUCCUCGUCCCCAACAUUUACGACACAUGGUUUCGGCUAAACGUAAUCCAUGACGUUGAAGCCUCGAAUGUAAAGGUGUAUAUAGAUGGAAUUCUCAAGUACGAGGCAAGUGGCCGUGGGGGGAAAUCGCAUUACUUCAAAUGUGGAGUCUAUGCACAGAAUGAUGAUUCUUUCUAUAUGGAGUCCCGUUGGAAGGGAAUCAAAGUUCUUAAAAAAUGACAUGCAUAUUGAUUGAUCAUCCUUUUAAUAAUAUAUAAUUCUCGAUCGAGUACGCGGUUUGUAAGGGUACUAUGUUUAAUUAUUACGGGGCCUAGCUUGGAAGAUGAUCAUGAUCAUUAAUGUUAUAUUCCCUUCAUUAAUAAAAUUAACCUCUUGC